CUCAGGCGCGUGGGAAAGCGCGAGCCUCUUCAGUGAGUGAAUGUUUCUCAGCGUGUUUUCAUGCUCGGUUAUGAGGCUCAUUCUGACCUCCAUCUGCGCGCUCAUGGGUUUGUUCUCUCCAACCGCGCGCGCCGCCGGUACAGUUCCGGUUCCGGUCCCGGUCCCUCUCCUUACACCGGAUCCGGUCACCGGCGGAGAGCAGGAGCGGCUCGAGACGCCGUAUUUGCACCUGCCCGUGUACCUGCAUUACAGAAAGCCGCGCGUGGACAAGCAGCACUUCUCACCGGCGCACGUCCAGAGCCGCGAGCCGCUGCCCGAGCGCGUGCGCCAGGUCCUCGUGCCCGCGCCCAGGCGACGCCUGAAGCCCCGCGUGAGGCCGAGCGGCCCGGUGAGCGUCGCGUGCAGCGCGACGGAGAUGCGCGUGCGAGUUCACACGGCGAACCUCGGAGCCAGCGGCGAGCGCGUGCACGUGAGGCUGGGCACGUGUGACGUCAGCAGAAGCACCGAGCAGAGCGUGGUAUUGCAGUACGAGCUGCACGAGUGCGGAACUCAGAGACAGAUCAUCAAUAAAACAGUUGUUUAUUCCAACAUGCUCCACUACACCCCUGAUGCAGGUGGGUCGGGUUCUGAGGUGUUCUCCGUACCUGUGCAGUGUCGCUUUAACAGGUUCCACUACUCGUACAAGAUCGGUUUCGUGCCGUCUGUUGAAAGGUUGAAGUUCUUUAAACCCAUGAAAACCAAAGGCGGCGUCACGCUGACAGCCUGUGACGCGCAGUGGAACAGACUCUCUCCCGCUGAAGCUUUCGUUAUCGGACAGCCGAUGUACUUCGAAGCCGAAACUCUUUACGUGCCUGAGGAUGAGCGGUUAUUCGUGCAUUUCUGUCACGUGACCACGAACGGCUCGGGUGUCUCCACGCCGCAGGUUAAGAUCAUCGACAACUACGGCUGCUUGAUCGACAGCAAGAGCAGCAGCCAGUCCAGGUUCAUAAACAGCGGCAGGAGGAACGUCAUCAGGUUCACCAUCGACGCCUUCACACUGCAGGGAAAAGUGCAGAAGUAUCUGUUUAUUCACUGCGAGAUGUCGAUCAGAAGCGUCGUUCCCACAGAAACGUCAAAGUCCUGCAGCUAUAACCGGCUGGAGCGCAGGUGGGAGGAGCUUUACGGUGCAGACUCUGUCUGUUCGUGCUGCGACUCGUCCUGUGUCCCUGAGAUGCCAUCACUUGUGCGACCCUUGACGAGUGAACUGGGGGCCUUAGUGGAGCAACACCCAGAAGGAAAGAGCAGGAAGAACCCGACGCAGAGCACCGAGAGAAUCUUCACACCGGAGCCGGAACAUGGAAUACUUACGACGGAGAUCCAGCAGGAAACAAUCGUUCCAGAGAGGACACUGAUAUUGGAGCACGAGCACAGAACAGUCACGCCGGAGGGAACGCCCACGCUGGAAAGCAAGCGUGCAGUGUCGACGCCUGAGAGCGAGCACGGAAAGAUCUCACCGCAGAGUACACCCACGCCGGCGGGCGAGCUCGGGGUGCUGAUGCUGGCAGGCGAGCGCGGGGUGCUGACGCUGGCGGGCAAGGACAGGAAGAUCACACUGGAAGGUACACCCACGCCGGAGAGCGAGCAAAGAACAAUGAUGCCAGAUAGUGAGUACGGAAUACCGACGCCAGAGCACAAGUACGGAAUGCUAGAGAAUAUGCACGGAAAGGUUGCACCGGAGGCCCCGCCCACACCGGAGAGCGAGCACAGAACGCCAACUCCAGACCAUGAGCAUGGAACUCCGAUGCCAGACACCGACCACGAAGAGAUCACGCUUUAUCCGCAUGAAGCUGUCAGUCCCGGAACGCUCACACCCUCAGUCAAGCAAAACACAAUUACACCAGCACGCAAACACACGGAGCUACACGAGCCUUACAGGAUUUUUGAGGAAGUGUUUGGACUCAGCUGAAGAGUAAAGACGCAUUGCAAACCAUCUUUCACUCGAUGGCAAUUAAAAAAAAAUCUGAAAAACAA